AUUUAUGUGUCCGAUAUGUGCUACACUGCAAUUUGUUAAUUAAAGCCUGGCAUAAACCUGUAUGAUCAUACUCAUAAUGAUAAGAAUUAACACUUACGAACUUGAAGACAAGCUGUGCUCAGCAACAUGGGCAUGUAGGAGCACCAAUUAUGAGACAUUACAAGGUGUAAAUGGGAAAAUGGAGUUGCAGCAUGAAGUUAAAUUCUUCAUUACUUUGUACCAUCAUGGCAGAAAAUUCCACAACUAAUUACAAGAAAACUGUGGGAAUCAAUUCCC